CCACUGGUACCGUACACUGAUACUUCUGAUAUAAAACUUCGCUUCAACAUCAGUUUCAAAGAAAAUCAUCCGAGACACUUCAACAUCUCUCACGAAAGAAUGAUCCAUCAUUGCAUAGCUGUCCUUGCAGUCUACCCCUCUCAAUCGAUGACAAUUCAACUCUGACCACACCUCCAUAACCCGCAACGACGGACAAUUUUACCCAAUGGUAUUCAAGUUACGCAGCACUAUGAUUUCCGCUCCCGAAAUGAACAUAACGAUCACGCCUCUUCUCCGAAGGAGUCCACUAGAAUACCUAGACACUCAUCCCCAGCGGCUUGGAAAGAAACGCCCCCGCUCAAGCCUCAGCGAAGACAGACAAAGAGUCAGCAACUUGAAAACAAAUAGAAAAGUGCGUUUCGUUAACUUGUCGUCAUCGCUGCCUUUGGGAAAGUCUAGCAGCCAGAACGAUGCAAACAACGUAACUGGCAAAAGUGAAAAAUGUUACACAGACAACGGUCGGACAAGCGCUUAUUCUUCUUUCGAUCACAACAACGUUUGGUACUCUAAACGAGAGCUAGCUGAAUUCACGAGACAAGCCAGAAACUAUGUAUUAGGGAUGGACCAAGAAUGUAAGAACAUGAAACAUCUUUCCUGUACACGAGGUUUCGAACGCUACGACAUUGCCCGUUCUCAACAGAAAACGAUGACGCGCAAUAUAAUUUUGCUUCUUAUGCAACAAAAGACAUUGAGUGACGAAGAGAAGUCACUGAUUGCUCGUCGAUCAUCUGCUUGGGCAGUGGAGGACGCAUUUUUGACCGGGUGCAAGGAUUUUUGCGAGGCCUAUCACCCACAAAUGAGCCAUCUUUUCUCAAACGACGCGAAAGAUGCCGCCAGUGUUCUCAGGGACGUACACGAAAACGCGCGAAAGAGAAUAAAACUGAGUAUCGACCAGAAUGAUGAAAGCUGCAACUGUCGACAGUCUCGUGCAGCUUCAGUUUCAAUACUUUGAAGUACAUUAACAACAUAUUAGAACUUCGGCAGUUACUCAUAAAAUUGAAUUUUGUCC